GUUCUGUGCCACCAUUUGCGAAUCGGCUUCCUGCAGAAGGGGAGACUGGGGCAGACCUGACCAACUUUGUUUCUCAGACGCUGCUCCUUGGUUCCUUCUGUGGUUGCUCAUCAUGCAUAAGAAGUUUCUUCCUCUCCUCCUCCUUUCCAGCCUUUUGGGAUCUUUUGCCCAGGAAGAUCUUGGAAGGAAGGCAUUUGUUUUCCCAGUGGCAUCAGACACUGCAUAUGUAGUCCUGAAGACUAUCGUACAACGGCCCCUGACUGGCUUCACACUGUGCAUGAGAUUCUACACCGAACUUACCCGCACCUUCAGCCUUUUCUCUUAUGCGAGCGAGAGAAACUACAACGAGAUUCUCAUCUUUGUGGAGAAACCCAAUAAAUACAGUCUUUAUUUGUCUGACAGAGCUGUGACCUUUGACAUUCCAGAAAAAAUGACUGCUAAACUUGGCGGGGAGCACAUCUGUGUGAGUUGGGAAUCUGACACAGGAUUAGUGGAGUUCUGGAUGAAUGGGCAGCCUAUGGUCCGGAAGAGCUUGAAGAAAGGCCAUUCUAUCAGCACUGAGGCAUCCAUUAUCCUUGGCCAAGAGCAGGAUUCCCUGGGAGGUGGCUUUGACAUUGACCAAUCCUUCGUAGGGGAGAUCACAGAUAUGUAUAUGUGGAGUCGUGUUCUCUCUCCUGAUGAAGUAGUCCACACCUGGUAUAAUGAAGCUCUUCCGGACUGUCUGAUUAACUGGAGAUCAUUAAGUUACAACAUCACUGGUUAUGCCGCUAUUAAGCCUGCUUUGUUUUCUGUCCGCAGAGCUGGAUAGGAUUUGCAAAUCAGACACUGAUCUAAAGGUGGAAGUGACAACUUAACCUAAAAUUUAGAUAGAGAUUGCUCUGCUAAUUUCAGUUCUUUUUGCCCAAUGAAGACUUCCAUGAAAAUUCUAAGUGCGCAUUCUCCAAUAGAAGAUUUCAUUUUUCUUUUUAUUUGUUCAUGCACUUAUAUUGUUGAAAAUCAAGAACAAAAUUAAAUUAAUACAAAGUAUGAUAGAAGGGAAGAGUUAGGUAAUACAUGCUUAUAAUAAAAAUGUUAUUUGUUAAUAAAAACAUUGGCCGUUUUCACACUGUCUAUAAAUCGCACGAGACUCACAGAAGGCUGCCGGCUUUCUCGUGUGAUUUUUGACGCUAUCUGUUUACAAAACGCCACAAACAGUGAUUUAUGGCUCAAUUUAUAGACAGUGUGAAAACCGCCAUUAAUAGAUAUGAAGAUAGAUGGAAAGGAUAGGAUAACGAUAUUUAAACAGAAGUGAAAUAUUAAAUGUAAAUUUAAGUAUGUUCCAUAUAGAUGUAUGAUAUUGAAUUCAAAUGAUUAUAGUUUAUAUAACAUACUUU